AUGUCAGAAGAAAGUGAAGGAUCUCCAAUGCAAGACAUGGCCCAAGAAGAAGAAGAAGAAGAACACGAACAAGAAGUUCAGAAUCUCCCAGAUAUUCCUACUUCUAGUCCUCCUGAUGAAUCCGAUGCAAUUAGAAAACCAGAACAAGGACAAGAAGAAGAAGAAGACGAAGACAAAGACGAAGACAAAAGCGAAGAAGAGGAAGAUAAAGACAAAGACGAAAUCGAAGAAGAAGAAGAUGAAGACGAAGAAGUGGACAUUAUGACUUUUACACCACCGCCAGAGUCACCAUCUAAACGUCCAUUCCAGGAUGUCUUUGAUGCAGAAAAAGCAGAACAAAGGUCCCUGGAGAAGAAGCAGAACAACUUGACAUACAUUACCAUAGCAGAACACAGACAAGAACAAGAAGCACAAAACCUCCAAGAAUUCCCUCAACAACAGAGAGAAGAAGAAGAUACUACUACUUCUCGCCUCGAUGCAAGAGAACAAGAACAAGGACAGGAAGAGAAAAAAGAAGAAGAAGUGAAUAUCAUCUCUGUUCCUUCACCUCUGACAAUAAAGAUGAAGAAGAAGAAUAACGACUGGACACUAUUAUGA